AGGCACGGGGGAAAAUGCAAGUGGGUGACUGGACAUGGACAUGGUGGUUUGGCCUCCUGCUGGGCGCUGUCCCGCUGCUGGUUCUCGCCGUCUGGGACGGCAACGACGCCUUCUACCAGGCCGCCUUCGCACUGAGGCGGCGGCGGCGGCGGCAGCAUGGUAGUAGUCACGGUAAACUUCCUCCUCUCCCGCCGGGCCACAUGGGGAUCCCUUUGCUCGGCGAGACGGUCGCCAUGUUGUGGUAUUUCAAGGUUAUCCGCUGCCCCGACGGCUUCAUCGCCGCCAAGAAGAGGAAGUACGGGGAAGGGGUGGGCAUGUACAGGACUCACCUCUUUGGCUCCCCGACCAUCCUAGUCUGCCUCCCGGAUGUCAACAGGUUCGUCCUGCAGUCACCCGACAGCUUCGGGAUCUCUUGGCCGUCCCCGGAGCUCCUCGGGUUGGCGUCCAUGUUCAACGCCGAGGGGAGCAAGCACACGAGGAUCCGUGGCUUCAUCGUCGCCGCCUUAAGCCAGCCCAAGUCCCUCGGAAAUAUCGCACGGGUCACGCAGCCGCGCGUCGUUGCAGCUCUCCAGUCAUGGGCCGCCAAGGGAACCAUCGUCGCCAGAACAGAGAUAAGGAAAGUCAUGUUUGAGUGCAUUUGUGAGAUAUUCAUAAGCAUGAAGCCGUCGCCUCUCACCGAAAAGAUGAACAAAUGGUAUGUCGGCUUGAUUGGUGGGAUCAGGGCACUCCCGUUGGACUUACCAGGGACAUCACACAAUCAUGCUCGCAAGUGUCGCAGGAAGCUAAACAUGGUGUUUCAAGAGGAGCUUGAGAAGAGGAAGAAGAGGGCAAACUCCAACUCCUCACUGGGCGGGGAAGAAGACUAUGAUGAUUUGAUGAGUGGGCUGAUGCAGAUGGAGGACGAGAGAGGGAUGAAGCUGAGUGACGAUGAGGUGGUGGACAACAUAGUCUCACUUGUCCUUGGGGGCUACGAGUCCACUUCCAGUGCUGUCCUGUGGGCUGCGUACCACUUGGCCAAAUCGCCGGACGUCCUUGCCAAGCUGCGGGACGAGAAUGCUGCGAUGAGCCAAGAUAAGAAUUCAAACUUCAUCGACCGCGAUGACAUCUCCAAGAUGAAGUACACGGCCAAGGUAGUGGAAGAAACAAUUCGUAUGGCUAAUAUUUCUCCGAUGGUCUCCCGUGUGACACGUCGAGAUGACAUCGAAUAUGGGGGUUAUACAAUACCACGAGGGUGGCAAGUUGUCGUGUGGCUCCGAUCCAUACAUACCGAUGAAAAAUACUACACAGAUCCACUUACCUUCAACCCGGACAGAUGGGCUAAACCACCCAAGGCAGGCACAAAUCAAGUGUUUGGAGCUGGCAACAGGACCUGCCCAGGCAAUAUGCUCAGCAGGCUCAACAUCUCCAUCAUGUUGCAUCAUCUAUCACUUGGUUAUGAAUGGGAGUUGCUCAAUCCUGAUGCCGAAGUUGAUUACAUUCCAUCACCAAUGCCAGUUGACGGCACACCUAUGGCCUUCCGUAAACUUAGUACAAACACCUGAUGAAUUCUAUUCUGAAGACCGCAUCUUGCUGCUUGAACAAUCCAUGCCCACUUCAAUCUAGCAAGUACUUAUUGGCAUGAAUAUAUAUAUGAUCCUAUUACACCAGUUAUGUUCAUAUGUAAGCCUAUUUUAGCUUUGCUAUGUUGCCCAUGUAACAACAAAGUAAUUCUAAUGUGAAAGUCGUCUAAUGUGACGAGUACUACACAUAAAAACUAAUAGGAAUUAAGGUUUUAAACAUCGCCUUCUCUUCAUGUUGCAUACCAAAUAAAUUGUGUAAUGCGGUUUUGCUACUAUUGCUUAGUACAAAAUGUUCGCUGAAUAAUUAGCACUUUCACAUUUA